GAAAGUAUGUUUAUUGUAAAAUGAAAUUUGAGGCCCUGUGAUUCGUCCAAGGGAGGGCAAAAGGGGUACAUAAGGAGGCCAUUUUGUAUUGUUUAGGAAGAGUGUUAGUGGCUGAGACCAGAGAAAACCGUGAGUUGAAUAGUGAUUAGGAAAAUGCAUUGUGAGCUGGUUUUUUUUCUUCUAUUUUUGGAAACCUGUCUUAGAUGUUUUUGUGACACUCUGUCCUGUGUUUCAUGUAGAUUUUGUAAAUCUCUCUGCAGCAUUUUCUUUCCACUUUUUUUUUGUUUUUUUUUAUAAAUAGUCACUGUUUUCAUUUCCUCUUUGGGAGAAGAUAGAUGAUUGAUGGAUUGAUAGACGGACGGAUGGACCGACAGACAGACAGAAAGAUGAAGAAGAAUGAAAAGAGAUAAGUUGUUUGGAAAGCGGCUGCUGCAGGCAGGAAGACACGUCAUGUCUCAUAAGUCUUGGAUGAAAUCUGUGCCAACAGAGAACUGUGACGUCCUCAUGACAUUUGCAGAUACCACAGAUGACCACACGUUGUUGUGGCUACUCAACCACAUCAGAUUGGGAAUACCAGAACUCAUCAUCCAAAUCCGGCAUCACAAGCAUACACGAGUCUAUGCGUUCUUUGUCACCGCCACAUAUGAAAAUUUGUUACGAGGUGCAGAGGAGAUGGGUCUGAGGAAAGCUGUGAAGCCUGAGUUUGGGGGAGGUACACGGAGCUUCUCUUGUGAAGAGGACUACAUCUACGAAAACAUUGAGAGCGAGUCAUGCUUCUUCACCUCACAGGAGAGGCAGAGCAUCAUCAAGUUCUGGCUGGAUAAUCUGCGUGCCAAACAAGGGGAGGUGCUUCAUAAUAUCAACUUCUUGGACGGGCAGCCAAUCAUUCCAGAGUUGAAAGCACGAGGUGUGAUCCAGCAGAUGUUUCCACUCCACGAGCAGAGAGUUUUGAGUCAACUCAUGAAGUCUUGGGUUCAGGCUGUUUGUGAGAAACAACCUUUAGAUGACAUCUGUGACUAUUUUGGGGUAAAAAUCGCCAUGUACUUUGCCUGGCUUGGUUUCUACACUACAUCAAUGUUGUACCCUGCUGUGAUCGGCUUUGUGCUGUGGAUGCUCACUGAGUCGGAUCAGACUAGUCGGGACAUCUGCUGUGUAGUAUUUGCACUUUUCAAUGUGGUCUGGGCCACCCUGUUCUUGGAGCGGUGGAAGAGGAGAGGAGCCGAGCUGGCCUACAAGUGGGGAACACUCGAUACACCUGUAGAAUCUCUGGAGGAGCCCCGUCCUCAGUUCAGGGGAGUCAAGCGCUGCAGUCCGAUAACGGGAUGUGAGGAGUUCUACUAUCCCCCCUGGCGGAGACGUGUGUUCAGGUGGCUGGUCAGCUUGCCCAUCUGUAUUCUCUGUCUCUGUUUUGUCUUCCUGGUCAUGCUCAUCUGCUUCGAGCUACAGGAGUUCGUGAUGGGGAUCAAAGAAAUGCCACGGUUGGCUCGCUUCAUCCCAAAAAUAAUGCUUGCAAUCACUGUGACUGCAUGUGAUGAGGUGUACAGAAAAAUUGCCUGCUGGCUCAAUGACAUGGAAAACUAUAGACUCCAGAGUGCCUAUGAGAAAAAUCUCAUUAUCAAAAUGGUUCUUUUUCAGUUCGUAAAUUCAUAUCUAAGCCUUUUUUAUAUUGGAUUCUACCUCAAAGAUAUGGAGCGUCUCAAAGAGAUGCUGCUGGUGUUGUCAUUGUUACGGAGUCUCCAGAGGCAGAUUCGGGUCAAUGUGCUGCCAUUCCUCUUCCUGAAGGUCCAGAUGCUUGUGGUCUCUGUUCCAUGGUUCUUCACAGCUUUACUGAGCUCCAAAAUGCUGGCCACUCUACUCAUCAUCCGUCAGUUCCUUCAGAACGUCAAGGAGGUGCUGCAGCCUUAUCUCUAUGAGCGACACAAGCUGGGCGAGCUUACACUGCGAGCCUUGUGGGACCUGCUACUGUCUGUGCUGCUGAAGUAUGCCCGACUGGCAGCAGGUCAAGCCCAGACCACUCCAACUGACCAAACAGUGCCAGGACCUGGCCACAGGGGCACCCGGCCAGGGGUUGGCCCUCCAGAAAGAAGGGAGAAGAAGUGUCUGAACGGGGGAUGCGGGGUGCCUGAUGAAGAGGAGAGAGGAGAGAAGGAUGAAGUAGACAGCGGGAGGUUCAGUGAAGGAGAGACUGAGGAGGAGAGCGUCCUCGACUGUGGACUGAAGCUGAGGAAAGUCAGUUUUAUCGAGAAGGUGGAGAGAAGGACACACUGCCCCCACACAGAGAGAAGCUUCCUUGAAGAAGGAAGCCCGACAAUGGUGGAGAAGGGAAUGGAUGCAGCCUCUGUCUUUGACAUGUGUGACGACGAGGACGACAACGGGAUCCACGAUGUGAAAGAGCAAGUUGGUGGGGGUGUGGCUGGUGCUGCUGAGGCCAGCUCGCUCAAUUCGGGCUCUGAGAGCAGCGCCACCGUUCGACACAGACGAAGAGGCGGGAGCACAGAGCGCAGUGGGGUCAGGACGAAGAGAGAGUCAUGGAUCAACCCGCCGGAGGAGAAACAAAGCAACACGCUGACUCAGGCUGAGAUGGAGAGCUGCAUGCAGACGUAUGAGGACACGUUCCAAGACUACCAGGAGAUGUUUGUCCAAUUUGGCUACGUGGUGCUCUUCUCCUCUGCCUUCCCACUGGCUGCCAUGUGUGCCCUCAUCAACAACAUCAUUGAGAUCCGCAGCGACGCCUUUAAGCUCUGCACCGGUCUGCAGCGGCCAUUCGGUCUCAGAGUGGAGAGCAUCGGACAGUGGCAGACGGCAAUGGAAGCCAUGGGUCUGAUAGCCAUCAUUGUCAACUGUUACCUGAUUGGUCAGUGCGGUCAGCUGCAGCGACUCUUCCCUUGGCUCAGUCCAGAGAUGGCCAUCAUCUCCAUCGUCAUCCUGGAGCACUUUGCCAUCCUGUUGAAGUACCUGAUCCACGUGGCCAUCCCUGACAUCCCCGCCUGGGUCCGCGAGGAGAUGGCCAAACUAGACUUUCAGAGGAGAGAGGCGUUCAAGAAGCACGAGCGUCAGGCUCAGCAGCACUAUCAGCAGCUGCAGAGGAGGAAGAGGGAGGAGGAGGAGCGGCAGCGCCAGGCAGAGCAUACCAACCGCAGGGAGAGGGAGCGGGAUGACAGUAAGGGCGACUCUUCGGGGGACCACCACCAUGACAAGAGUCACGGGAGUAAAUCCCGGUCGGGAGGAGGAGCAGGAGCUGCUGGCGGGUCAGACAAACCCAAGAGGCCCAGUUCACUGCUGGCCAACAACAAUGUGAUGAAGCUGAAGCAGAUCAUCCCACUGCAGAGCAAGUUCUCCUCCAGUGGGGCCCGCUCUCCGCAGUCGCCCACCGGAACCGAACCCAAGCUCCCUGGCUUCCUCAGCUUCAAGUUCCUGAAGUCGCCUGACAACAAGAAGGAGUGUUGUGCUGCUGCUGCUGCCAGCGCCACAGCAACAUCUAACCCCACACCAUCGUCUUCAACAUCGUCAUCAUUGUCAUCAUCAGGUAGCAGCUCACAGGAGCGAUGCCAGUCGCCGAGCAAAGCCUUCAACCCAGGAAAACUGUUCAAUUUUGGGAAGGCUGAGGGCGGAGCCUGUGUGAACGGAGCUCCUCUUGCCAGAUCCAAUGAGGGAUCUUCAUCAUCAUCAUCAUCAUCAUCACAGUCGCACACAUCCAGGUCUGACUUGAACGGCAUUCUGGAUGAGCUCCCCUCUCCAGGUGGCGAAGGGUUGGAAAACGGUCACUCCUCAGACUCGGACUCGAGCGGGCCAAAAGUCUUGUAGUUCCAGAAUAUUCCGAUGAGUGACAGACGGAUGUUUUUCUGGGGUCAGAAGGCGCACACACACACACACACACACGUUAUCUUUCCGUGUCUGCCAUACAAGAAGAAAUGCAUGAGCUGCGUUUCUCAUACUUUUAAGCCUUUAAAAACAAAAAGCUGUUUCUUGAUUUCAGAAAUAAAAAGACCCAGCUCCAAGCAGGGGGUUGAAACGUAGAGCUUUUUUGGGCCAGAAAAAGAGACAUCAACAGUGGUGAGGACGGGUUGCUGAUUUGACAGUGUUUUGUAGACUUUAGAUUCCUGUCUGGUUUUAACUGUGAAGAUUUCUGGUUUUUACACGGUGGCAGCAAGCAAUAUGGAGUGUUUUCAUUCAGACCAGAACUUUUUUAUCCCGAACAUUCACACUGUCUGCUUUAUUUUCAAAGCAAAGGUGACGUAGAGACUCCUCCUGCAGAAUCAGAUAAAAAAUUCUUAGUAAGACGGCAUUUCAUGGAAUGAUUUUCUGUAGCUACGAGCUUUUAAAACAUGACUCAUGAAGGCAUUAGAGAAGAAUAUUUGCUCUCAACCUUGCAGGUUUUAAAAAGGAUAGCAUGCCUCAUUAUAUUUAUUUAAUGCUACAACAUCUGCUUUGGUUUGUCAUUUUAACGAAUAAUUGUUGUGCACUUUUAUCUUGGAUCUGGGCUGCAACAUAUUCUUCAUUGUCACCUAAAUUAUGCAGUUAAAAUGUGAUGAUCAAGACCUGUGAACGGCUUAGGAAAUGUGAGGAGCCAGUGUUCUCCAACACAGCAGCCCUGAUCCGAGAACAUCUGGAGCCGGCCAGUUUGACUAUGCUUCAACUAUGCAUCUCCACAAUCCUGGCAAUAAAACUAGCAGAUGUGCAGCACUCACGCUCCGGCCUGGACCACAAAGACAUCACACAGUUUCCUUGUUCCGUUUCUCUGUUUCGUCUCAUUUCCUACCACCACGUCAACAAUGAUGGAUUGCAGUCUAAUUCCGUGUAAACCUACUACUGUGGACGACAUCCGGUCCAAACUGAAAGGCAAUAAAAUGAAAUCAAUAGCAUACAUAUGUAGAUGGUGGAGAGCGUGUGAGUUGACCAAUGUGAACUGUUGCGGUUCUCAUGCUCCGAAAAAUCACUGGCUGUUAACUGGAUUUUAGCAUAAAGAUCUUGUUUAAUGUUUUUCUCUGAAUUAUAACUGCUGUAAAUGGUGGUAGAUACCAUCGUGCCCCAAGUAGACGUGCAGUGAGUACUGUAAUUAAUAAUAUGGCUGAUGAAGGUGUUCAGUCAGCAGUGCAGAUCUUUUAACCCCAACCACUGGUCCACAUUCUAGGAUGUCAGCCUUUAUCACGGUGUCCUGGUUCUAGCGUGAUAGUGUGGCACAUCAUUAUGAUGGUAUACACAAGGGUACAUACUGUGGUAUAUUUGUGUAAAUUUAAAUAUUCUGAUAAACUAUAAUUGUGGCAUACAAUGAUGCAAAUGGUGGCAUAAUAUAACAAUGGUGUGAAAUUGGUGACAAAAUUAGAGUGGAAAAAUGAUUGUGGGAAAAUGCUAUAUUUAGGGGCAGAAUAAGUGAACAUACAAUGCAAGUACAACUGAAAUAUCCUGCGUUAGUAAGUGCCCAAAAGGAAAAUCUGAUCCACCGUCAAUCCUGAGCGCUUUGACAAAGACAGUAGAGUUAAUCGGACAGAAAUACGAUAAGAUUUCCCACAAUCCCGCGCCCUCCACUUUAACUUAUCACUCAGUUUUAUUUUCCUCUGACUCUGCAGCUACAUUAACAUCUCCGCUGUCGACGUACUGCAGACAUGUUCAGGUUUUUAAGCUGUGGCUACCACCAGGUGAGAAGCUACGCCGCAGCUACAAUCAAACCUCAGAUUGAAGGAACCCUUCAUGGAAGCCUCACAAACUGAACAUCAUAUGCUCUUCCAAGUGUACAAAGAAGAUCUUUUGAAGAGAAACAAGGACCAAUGGGACUAUUUAUUUAUUUUAAUUUAUUUUGUCAUAUUUUUAUAAGACAUGAGAAUAAAAGUUCUAAUCAUCUCAAACCCAACUUGUGUAUUUAGUGUGCAUAUGGAAACACUGUGUAGACAAGUUCUUCAGAGUCAGGCAGUAGUCAUGACUUUGCCACACAUGUUGAUGUUCUUCAGACAAGCUGUAACGGAAGACAGAACCAAGACAAAGUUCAACGAGAUUACCAGUUUCAGUCCAGUUUUAUUUCAGCGAAUACUAAAAAGAACAAGUCAGAUCUAACACACGCAAGAUGGCAGAACAGCAGAAUCGUCACAAAGA